UAUGGUGGAAGUCCAGCUAGAUGCAACUCAUGAAUACCCUCAAGGUCUCCUCAUAGCUUUCAGCGCCUGUACUACUGUCCUUGUUGCAGUUCAUCUUUUUGCACUCAUGAUAAGUACUUGCAUUCUCCCAAAUAUAGAGGCUGUCAGCAACGUGCAUAACCUCAACUCGGUCAAGGAGUCUCCCCAUGAGCGCAUGCACCGGCACAUCGAGCUUGCCUGGGCCUUUUCUACUGUCAUCGGGACUUUGCUGUUCCUUGCAGAGGUGGUGCUACUCUGUUGGGUGAAGUUUCUCCCCUUGAAGAAUUCAUCCCAGAACAGCAGCUCUACCAUCACAUCAGGAGAGGCAGCAGCCAUCGCAUCCACAUCUAUUAUGGUUCCCUUUGGACUGAUUUUCAUUGUGUUUGCAGUCCACUUCUACCGCUCCCUGGUGAGCCAUAAAACAGACAGGCAAUUUCAAGAACUGAACGAACUUGCUGAAUUUGCCCGGCUCCAGGAUCAGCUGGACCACAGAGGUGAUCCCAUCUCCCCAGGUGUUAGCCACUUUGCAUAACCCUGUACUCAAAGAAAAUAAAUGCACUUUUCUGCUUCUGCC